UGGCAUGCUUCCAUUCUAGAGCUCUUCGGCGACGCAUUCAACGCUGCCAUGACGGCUCUCCUGAUAUUCCUCGUGACAAUCCUCGCUCUACUGACAUGGAAAGUCCGGAAAAUUUUCUCCUAUUGGGAAGACAAGGGGAUUCCUCACCAAGGAUUUUGGCAGUAUAUGCGCGUCGUAUACGAGAUGUUCACAAAGCCAGUGCACAUCAGUGUGACUGAUGACUACAAGAAAUAUGGACGACUAUAUGGAUCUUACCAGGACACAGACCCUUGCCUAGUUGUAGGAGAGCCAGACUUGCUCCGUGAAGUUUACAUGAAGGACUUCUCCUCAUUCGUCGACAGAAUGCAUGCUCCAGUUGGCGAACCGCUUUGGGACCGUUCCCUUCUCUUGACAAACGGCGAGGAAUGGAAAAAGAACAGAAGCAUUUUCAGCACAGCAUUCACGACGACGAGGCUCAAAGCGAUCGUACCCAAGGUUGUGGGUGUCGCCAACCGGACAGCGGAUGCAUUGCUGGAGCACGCAACUAACAAGGAGCCAGUGGACCUGCACGGCAUUCUCACCAAGUCAUCUCUGGACGCAGUAGCUGCUGUGACAUUCAAUGCUGACAUGGACAGCAUCAGGGAUCCCAAUAAUCCCUUCUUGAAGAACUACUUCAACAUUUUCGCAGGAAGUGGAGCCUGGAAGAUAAUGUUAUAUUUCAAGAUGCCACGUCUCUUCAAGCUCUUAAGGUUGUCAAUAUUCACCAAGGAAUACUUGGAGAAGUUCUCCUUUUUUAUCAGACGAAUCAUUGAAGAACGCCUGAAAAGCGGAACUAAAUUCGAUGACCAGCUGCAAAUAUUCCUGGAUGCACUAGAGACGGAAGCAGCAAGUGGUAAGAACGGAGGGUCACCUGAGAGUUUAUCCAGCGGAAAACGCUUUUCCAUGGACGACGCUGUGGCUCAAGUGUUCACUCUACUGAUCGGCGGGAGUGACACAAUAGCUUCAACCCUCGUCUACCAGUUCUACAACCUAGUUCUGCAUCCGGAGCAUCAAGAAAAGGUCAUCGAAGAAAUCGACCGUGUCAUCGGAAAAGACGAGGUGACCUACGAAAAGUUGCAGUCCUUGCAGUACCUGGAGGCUGCGAUGAACGAAACGCUCCGGAUUUACACACCUGACUCAUUCAUAAUGCGGUAUUGUACGAAGAAGACGACACUCCAGGGAAUAGAACUGAAUCCUGGAAACAUCGUUUAUAUUCCUUUUCAGGCAAUACACAUGGAUCCUGAAUUCUACGAUGAACCAGAGACAUUCAAGCCUGAAAGAUUCCUUCCAGAAAACAAAGACUCUAUUCGUCCAUUCACAUUCAUGCCCUUCGGAGCCGGUCCACGCAAUUGCGUAGGCACCCGUCAAGCAAUGAUCGAAUUGAAGAUUUUUAUGGUGUGCAUCUACCAGAAGGUCAAGUUUGAGCGAUGCAGCGAAACCAUAGAUCACCUGGACCUCAUGCCUGGUUUUCUUCUGCGUCAGCUGCGUAAACCGAUCAAGUUCGGUGUCAUUCGGCGAUGAUGACGUCUGUUUGCAGUAAUACCCGACAUCGGACAUUCGCUUUCCUGCAAGCUGUGUUUCACAUGUUGCUCAUCUUGGAUUUACGCGGCAAUAUAUCACAAUGAGUACGUAACGAAGGCUAGUGUUUUGUACGUUAUCUUAUAAGAUAAAGCAGUUGGAUGAAAACA